CUGAAUUGAUUGUUUGUGUCUGUCUGUGCGGAACGUGGCUGUCAUUGUCAGCGGCUGUGUGUCCCAGCAGGUGGUGUGUGUGGCGCGGUGUGAGGGGAGGUCAUGCCCCUGGUCAAGAGGAACAUAGAGCCCCGGCACCUCUGUCGAGGGGGGCUGCCCGAGGGGAUUGGCAGUGAGCUGGAGUGUGUCACCAACAACACCCUCUCUGCCAUCAUACGGCAGCUCAGCAGUCUAAGUAAACAUGCGGAGGAUGUCUUUGGAGAGCUUUUUAGUGAGGCUAACACAUUUUAUGUGCGUGCCAACGGUCUCCAAGACCGCAUCGACCGCUUGGCUGUCAAGGUCACCCAGCUGGAUUCCACUGUGGAGGAGGUCUCUCUGCAGGACAUCAACAUGCGCAAGGCAUUUAAAAGCUCAACAGUCCAGGACCAGCAGGUGGUGUCCAAGAGCAGCAAGUCCAACCCUGUGGAGGACAUGUACAACACCAGCGACAAGCCUCCUUCUCUCAGCAUUCUCUCUGCUUACAGAGAUGACCACACCGAUGGGAUGAAGUUCUACACUGACCCAUCCUACUUCUUUGACCUGUGGAAGGAGAAGAUGCUGCAGGACACAGAGGACAAGAGGAAGGAGAGAAGAAGACAACGCGAGCAGAAGCGAUGUGUUGACGGCACACUUCAGCGCGAGGUGAAGAAGGUUCGUAAAGCCAGAAACCGCCGUCAGGAGUGGAACAUGAUGGCGUUCGACAAAGAGCUCCGCCCAGACCACCGCCACCCUCACUCUCUCCACCGGGGGGCGUCGUCAGAGGGCUCCCUCUCCCCAGAGAGCAGAUAUGGUCAUGACCUGCCAGACUACCCAACUGCUCCAGGCCUUCCACAUUCUGCAUCCAACCAUGCCAUGGCUCACCCCUACCCGCCUGCAGACAUUCACGAGUCUGUAGAGCAUGAGUACCACAGCAUCGGAGUCAGUUACAGAGAAGGGACUCUCAACCGCACACACCACUCCCCACCUCUGCAUCGCUCCACUGAGAGAAUAAAUGGCACUAUGACGCUUCCACCUGCGGACUACAGUAUAAUGGAGUACUAUGCCAGUUCCGGACCACCACCCCCUCCCCCAGCCCCUCUUAUCCCAUCCGCACAGACUGCCUUUGGCUCUCCCAUGGUAUCCCCCACCCCUCUUACUGGACCUAGGACAGGGGCCACAGGCUAUGGUCUCCCACCCCUACCCCCCCCAGGACCUCGUAUGAAUCCACCUCCCCCAGGUCCCCCUCCACCACCAGUACCCCCUGCCCCACCCCAACUGGCAGGACUCUGUGACGGGAAGAGACAGGACACCCAGCCUCGAAGUGACCUUCUGUCAGCUAUUCGCAUGGGCAUCCAGUUGAAAAAGGUGCAGGAGCAGCAGGAGCAGCAGGCUAAGCGGGAGCCUGUGGGGAACGACGUGGCCACCAUCCUGUCCCGUCGCAUCGCAGUGGAGUACAGCGACUCGGAGGACGACUCCGAACUGGAAGAGAACGACUGGUCCGACUGACCCUGACCCCGUCCUUUACAGUGACCUCACACCAUGGACACAUCGCUCCUCCAGCCCAGCUAUCCCACAAUGGUGAUGAUGCAGUACAGAUGAAUUAUGGGAGUCAUAUUUUCAGUAUGCAUUAAGUGGGCAUAGGCUGAGAAUCCACUUGCAUUUUAGUGUAAGUCCUGUAGGUGAGUGGACAGGACUUGAAAUGAAGGCAAAUUAGUGUCCUGAUGACCUGAGAUUCAGCUGAAAUCACACAAAGGUACACGGACCAAAUAACCAAGUAGUGAUUUUCCCUUUUCCCUACAGAGCUGUCUAAUCUCUUUAUCAGACACCAACGUUACCAUUUCAUCUGACAUAGAUCACCAACACUGUAUUCUCAAUGUCACUAACCUCAUUUAUGAUUUGAUCUGGAUUUAGAAACCAUUAGAAAGGCUUGAGGUUCUCUCUGUAGCAUAGACUGGCUCUGAACAGACAUAGCGGGGACGUUCCAGCCCGACUGUGUUUAAAAUGCAACCAGUGACAAUAAUUAUGAAUUGCUUGUCAAUGUAAACAUGUCUCUUCACAUGUAUUCCAGAAAUACAUUUGAUAUGAUAUGCAGAUCAGCAAGCUGACCACUGAGUGGCACUGU